AUGCGUACGACCUAAACAAUUUUUUCUCUUUGGUUUAAUUUCUGAGAUCGAGCUCUUAAUCGCCUUAAAUUAUUGUUUAUUUUCUUGCUUAAUUAGCCGCAAGGAUCGUCGUUCCAGCGGCUCAGGCUUCUUUUUCCCCGGCUUUAUAGCGUCUGCCAGUUUGUCAGACCAACCGCUAUUUUGUGCUGGCUUUACUUAAGGUUUGGUCAAUUCUAUUGUUCUCUACUUCACCCGCUAUUUUUUUGGAGGAGGCGUAAGAGACACCGCAACUGCAGUUCUUUUAGCCUCUAAAUAUAGAGAGCUCGCGUGAACAGUGGAGAUUUAACCAGACGUUUUUAGGUUUCAGUUCUGGACGCCUUCUAGGAUUCUAAAGCCUGCGGGACGCUGGCGGCCGUCGCUUUGGAAUUAGAAUUUAAUUUGUUUGAUAUUUCGGCGGUCUGUAGCUUCUUCCGAUUGCUCUAAGCUUGAAGAGAGCUUUCCGGCUUCAGUUCAUUUGUAGAACUAUUUGUUUUUUUUCGGCCGCCGCUGAGUGUUUCUGCUCAUCUGCGCUAUAGUUUGGACGGAAUUUGGAUCGAGGAAAAGUGUUAUGGAUGAAAUGCUGAAGAAGUGAAAACUAUGGCAGAACCGUGCAAAUGUUAGAAGAGUGAGAUUUUAUAUGGAAACUGAUGUUCAGCUAAUGUAUGUAGCCGUGUGGAGCUAACGCAAGCUGAAUAUAUGCGAGGACGUUUUUUUUUUUUAGUUUCUGUGGCUUUGUUUAAUGAGGUGAGGCUCAGGACCUGAGAUAAAUACUGGAUAAGAGAAACUAUGUACUUGCCGAAUCAUGCGAUGAUGGAGUCUGUCAACUGCGCGAUUAAUAUGUGCGAGUGGCAUCCAUUGGAAUAACAAAGGCUCCCUUAGAGCUGGAGGAGCCCACCGUUGGAACGCUUUCUUCUUUUUUCUGGUCAUAACUGUGUCAUAAAGAGUCUCCAUAAUUAAAAAAUUGAAAAUCUGCACUUUUCAGUGGAGCUGAGUGUUUAGCUUAAAAGACUUGUAAAACAAUAUGGAGCUGGCAAAUUGAGCCUUUUUAACAAAAAAUCUGCAAAAUUAGGUAGGCUGCAAAUUCCUUGUACCUAAGUUUCUUAAAGGCUCUAAUAAUGUAUGGAAAAGAAGCAGCUGAAAGCUCAGGGAUUCGGUUAUCAGAGCUAGAAGAGGAAGCUAUGGACUGCUGCAGCUGCUUUGGAUUUCUGAGAAAGGUGAAAAAGGAGCCAGAUGUGGAUGACCAUUAUUACGGCAAGCAUAUGUCACAGGAAUAUUUGCUCAAUUAUGCUUCAGACAGAUCUUCGUUAAAGAGGUGGAUGCAAAAUGAUGUUCCAACAAAUGGAAUUCAGCCGCGGUUGAGGGGAUCGAAGUCGAUGCCAGCUGGUUUUGAUGGGAUUUACUGCCGGGAGACUCCUGUCAAGGAAACUUAUACGGUUGUUCGAAGUGAGGACUCGAAUGGCAACAAAAUGAUCAAUGAAUAUGUUCGGGAGUGUAAAAUUGGAACAGGGAGCUAUGGCAAAGUGGUACUUCAUAGAAGCACAAAAGAUGGGAAGCGUUAUGCCAUUAAAGCCUUUCACAAGUCGCGGCUUUCCAAAUUGCGUGUGGCACCUUCAGAAACAGCCAUGACAGAUGUUCUAAGAGAGGUUUCAAUUAUGAAAAAGCUGGAUCAUCCCAAUAUUGUUAAUCUAGUUGAGGUGAUUGAUGACCCAGAUACGGAUAACUUUUACAUGGUUAUGGAAUACGUUGAGGGAAGGUGGAUAUGCGAAGGUUCUGGUCCUCCAGGGGGUAUUGGAGAAGCUACUGCCAGAAGAUAUUUUCGUGAUGUUGUUGCUGGUCUUACAUAUCUUCAUAGUCAUAGUAUCAUACAUGGGGACAUCAAACCAGAGAAUCUUUUGGUUGACAGCAAUGGAAGAGUUAAGAUUGGCGAUUUCAGUGUAAGCCGAAGCUUUGAGGACAACAAUGAUGAGCUUCGAAGAUCUCCGGGCACACCAGUUUUCACUGCUCCAGAAUGCUGUUUAGGCUUGACAUACCAUGGUAAAGCUGCAGAUGUAUGGGCAUUAGGUGUUACACUUUAUUGCAUGGUGCUUGGUCGCUAUCCUUUCAUUGGUGAAACCUUGCAGGAUACUUAUGAUAAGAUAGUAAAUGAUGAAUUAUCAAUUCCGGAGGAUAUGGACCCAGAACUUAAAAACUUACUUGAAGGACUUCUUUGUAAAGAUCCUAACAAAAGAAUGACUUUGGAUAUUGUUGCAAAGCAUCCAUGGGUUGUGAAAGGCUAUGGGCCAAUACAAAAUGAUUUAUGGAGGUGUGAACAUGGCAGCUUUGUACACACUCUUGAAGAGUGUGUUGAGGUGGGAGAUUCUUCUAGUUCUGAAGAUCUGUGUAAAUCAGCGUAGCACAAUAUUUGGUUGUCUGUAAUGUGGAGAAGCUUUAUGAUUGCUUGGGUCAUGGUAGGAACACUUAAAAGUACUUGAAUGAGAGUUGUCUUGACUUCUCAAGGUCUUUGUGUUGAGGUGUUAUUUGCUAUCUGCCUCCUUUACUGUUAUGCUUAAAUUGGGAUACAAGUAUUGUUUGUGUGCAUUUGAGUGCAGCAAACAAGCGGGGUAAUUUGGUGUACUAGAUAUUAGUCUGCAUCCAGGUUGGGUAUGUCAAGCAGGCAAUAAAACGAAUCUAUUUGGACGAAGAGAUACUUUUGAGUGAAGCUGGUUGGCAAUAGGCAGGAAUCGCUGGAUGGAGUCUGUGUGCACUUAUUGGAGAUAGGCAACCAACACUGGUUGUUUGUCUGGUGAGUUAAUCUGAGAUGAAAGUUUAUUUUAUGAAGCUCUCCCCAAGGCUAGAGAACAUUAGGGGAAAGGACCCAAUAGUUGAGCAUGUACCAAUAGUUGAGAUAUCAUUUGUAGAUUUCAAGACCAUUAUUUAUGAUAGUAUAGCACUCGUAGUUGUGAUUUCAAGAUUGUUAGUGUUCACUAUUAUUACUUAUAAUUGAAUGAAAUGUGCUCAUUAGAUCUAAGAAGCAACAAUCAUGUGAUUCCCCAUGAGCACAGCAACAAAACAUUACUGAAUGCACUAGUGUAGGUCACUUUUUUGUCGGAGCCUUUUAUGGCACCUCAACAAAAGCUUGCUGAUGUGGCUUCAUAAUUGACUAUGUUGAUCUGAAACCUUAGGUUUAAGCAGUGAAUUCACCCAAUAAGCUGCUUUAAAAAUUUGAAACAUCUGAAAUCGCCCUGUAUGAUUUUGAGAGGCGUAAAGUUAGGGUGCACACUGCACAACUAGUGGGUCCUCUCCCCUACAUGAAGUGGAUUGUAACAAGGUUUUGCUUUUCCUGUGAUGGAAGUAUGCAAUAUGUCUUGCUUUAGGAGUGAAUAUCCAUAGGUCAGCAUGCUUAAAAUGUUUUUAACCAGGAUCUUGGAUAUUGAAGAAUCGGAUUGGCAGGAUAUUCGGAGGAUUCAAAUGUCUUUGCACUGUACAUAAUGUGAAUAAAUUUUUUUGUCCAGUUUUGCUUUAGUGUGGUUCUAUGGUGUAAAACAAUCAAAGCUGUUUAAAAUCUUUAUUUCCAUGACUUUCACAAUGAGUACACAGUUUGAGAAUUGAAAAGCUGUUGGAGAGCUUCUGUAUUGAAGUUUAAUUGGACGGGCUUGUAAAUCUAUGGUAAAGAAACAUGUACGCCAUUUGUAUCAUUAGGUUUGUUCAGACUUGAAUGAGUUUUGCAGAUA